AUGUCAGUUUCUUCCGGCUCUCCCUCAUCAAGCGGCUCUGAAUACACCUACCGUCGCCCAUCUCAUCGGAGGGACUUUCAGAUAGCUAUUAUUUGUGCCCUAUCACUCGAAUACGAUGCCGCCACACUUAUCGUUGAUGAAUUCUGGGACCAGAAUGGUAAACAAUAUGGGCGAACAUCUGGGGAUACCAACAUAUAUAGAAAUGGGAGGAUCGGCAUGCACAACGUGGUGCUCAUGCUUCUGCCAAAUAUGGGCAAAGCCGCAGUCGCCGGUUCAGCAGCAAGUCUGCGGACAAGCUAUUCGAACUUGAGAAUUGCGUUCCUCGUGGGAGUCUGUGGCGGGGUUCCCAUCCUUGGUACACAUGAGGCACUCCUUGGCGAUGUGGCUAUUGGUGAAGCCAUAAUUCAGUAUGAUGUUGGCAGACAAUAUCCCGGGGAGUUUAUACCUAAGGAAACGGCCGUGGCCACCCAGAGUCUACCGAACAAAGACAUCCGUACACUCCUCGCUUAUUUUAAAUCUGACACUGGGAAGGCCGAUCUGCGACAGAACACCGCUAGGCAUUUGAAAGCUUUGCAAGGUGCAGCUGUUCUGAAGAAUUAUCAGUACAGUUACCGUUAUCCUGGUUUCUCCGAAGAUAAGCUCUUCGUCGCGACGUACCGCCACAAACACCGAGGAGGACCAUCGGGGGAUCCAUGUUGCGAAACUGAGAGCUAUUGCGACAAUGCUGCACAGUCAUCCUGCUCUGAACUAGGAUGCGACGAGAAGAAGCUGGUCCAGAGACACCGUUUGGAAAGAAAACGAGACUUGUCAUGGGAGGAGGCGCAAUGUCCAGAUAUUUUCAUCGGGCGUGUUGCAUCAGCGGAUACUGUGAUGAAUGAGAUUGAAAAUGUCGCCCACUCGAAUGACUAUGUUGACAUGGCAUUAGGUUCUACUCAACAUGGCCAGAUUGUUCUCGCACGGCGUGAGGUGACCCGUUAUGGUGCGCGAAAACCGUCGUCCAAGCAUAUUCCUGGUAGCACAAUUUCGACUGCAACUCAAACACUGCGGGAUAGCAUCUUCAAUUUUCAAAGGGUCCUUACUGAUGACCAACAACACGAAUUACAAAGCAUCAAGGUGGUGCCAGAUGCCAUUGCCGUGCUAGUAUUUACUGCUGAGCUCGACUCGCUGAAUAGGAAUAGAAAGGGGUGUAGCAUAGCCAGCAGGCUCCAUUCAGUUCUUCAGUCUGUUCGAGACUUUUCCGCGGCUGUCGAACCAGCUGAUUCAACGCACCUGGGAAUCGCUUCUACCCUAUGGGGGAGCGUGAAACUGACAAUGCUAGUGACUGUCAAGUCCGUAACAUAUGAUGAGGCUCUCUCAAAAUUCUUCAUGGAUCUUGGGAGAAUUUGCCCACGGUGGACAGAUUAUGAAAUAUUUUAUUCAUCUUCACUACGGCUUCAGGAUGCCCUUCAUGAUUUCUAUGCAUCGCUCAUUCGUUGUUGCACGCGCGCGGUAGAAGCAGUAGAAACCACCCCACGUUCAUGGUCAGAAUACCUCUUCACCUCUCCCCGAGAAUCACUUGAUAGGGGCUUUCAGCAGGAUGCAGAGGACCUUGAAAGACGAAGUAGGUAUGUCAAAGAUGCGCUAUCACUCGCCAAAACAGAAGCCCAUUAUCAAAACCAACAGCUUCGAAGCUUGGAAAUGGAAGAGGGUUCAAACAAAGAAAAACGACCAUGGGGUUUUCGCGUGAAAGGAGGCAUGCAUGAUAAGAUGGAAUCAUGGCAGACGCAAAAUGACGAAAGACAAGCAAAGGAAAGAAAACAACGGCUGCUUGACUCUUUGUCGAUUUGUGACUACUUGACUCCAUUUAAACAAAGCUGUCGGAAGCGAUAUAGAGGUACAUUGGAGUGGCUUUUUCAUACAGAUGAGUUUAACGCGUGGAUCAGUAGCCGAGAAUCUCCUUUGUUAUGGUGCUUGGGAAAGAUCGGUUCGGGCAAAACAACUCUUACGGCGAGUGUCAUAGAAAAACUGUUAACGAAAAAGCGCAAUCCGGAUGUUUUCAUCAGCUUCUUCUUCGUACGAUUUGAUGAUCGACAGUCCUUAAAGGCUGAGGUCAUACUCAAGUCAAUCAUUCGACAGAUGCUAAACGUAUCCGACAUUUUUGCAAAGGUCGAAACGCUAUUGGAUAAUAUGCAACUCAACUUGGCGUCAGGACUCAAGGACAUUGAAAAGUUGUUGCAAAGUAUAGCUGCAGAAUUUAAAACCCUCUAUAUCGUGAUAGAUGGGCUAGAUGAGUGUACACAAUCGGAGCGCCACGAUCUUCUUGAGUCUCUCCACUCAGUUAUGAAAGUCAGGUCGAACAUAAAGCUUUUCCUCGCUGGUCGCGAUAGUGUCUCCAGAGAGGUUCAAAUAAAAUUUUCGACUCUGAAACAGAUUCUUAUGGACUGCUCGUCAGCUCAAUCCGACAUCGCAACGUACGUUGAAGGCAUCGUGCAGGAAAAACUGAAAACCGAAGAGCUUAUAGUUAGCGACCCCGACCUCAUCGAAGAUAUUAAAGUGGCACUCUCAGGUGGGGCAAAUGGCAUGUUUCUCUGGGUUGUAUUCCAAGUAAAUGAGCUUUGUUUACAGCAUUGUGAUGAGGACAUUCGAACAGCUAUUCGAAACUUCCCAAAGGACUUGGAGGAAACAUUCAAUCGGGCCAUCGACCGAAUCGUUUCUCGGAGGAACGAAGAUAUCGCAAAGCGUAUUUUCCGAUUGGUGAUUGCUGCAAAAGAGCCUCUGUCCCUCAAUCAGCUAGAAGAAGUCAUCUUCGUUGAAAUCGGACAGGAAUACUCAAGGACAGAACGACGAUCUAACGGCAUUGCGCACAUCAGCUCAUGGUGUGAAAACCUCGUUCAUGUCGACGAGGAAUUGAAAACAGUUCAAUUUUUCCAUCUGAAUCUCGAAGAUGCCGAUCACUAUCUUGGCGAGAUAUGCGUUACGUAUCUGAACUUCAAUGAUUUCAAGACAACUCUAGCCAGACGACAGCAACCAUUGCCACCUAUGCCACCUAUAGCUAUAGCAGGAACAGCUCUGGCACCAAGAUGGAAGGCGUUCCCGUCUAUUCCUACCCUCUUGAAGCUCAAUUUGAACAUCAGAGGAGGCUCAACAGCAUCCAAUGCUAUUGAAGCUCUAGGCUCCUUCCAACGAGACGAUACGGGAGAUGAGAAAGAACGGAUGCUUGUAGGGCAUCCUUUCCUAGGAUAUGCAUCAAUUCACUGGAUUUAUCAUACGACAAUGUUUCAGAAAGGAAAAUCGAACACAUGGGAUUUAUGGGGAAAAAUGAUUGUUGAGGGACAUGAUCUCGUGAAAAAUCCAUGGACUGAACAGUCUUUCUAUGAAAGCAUCGGACCGAUACUAGAUUGGGCCCAAAAGUUUCACCAUUAUGCACUUAUACGACUCUUUCUCCUCGCCAGCAUGCUUUCAAGCUCGUACCGAGGGCACCUCAUGCAGAGUGCAGCGAUUCAUGAAGACAUUACGCUGCUUGAUAUCCUUAUCGAGCACGAAAAGUCAGAUAUUAUAAUAGACCAAGGUUGCGAGCUAGCGGUUCAGCUCGGCCACCUUGAUGUUCUGGACAGACUAUUAGCCGCUGGAGCAGAUGGCCAGAAUGCUCUCCAGGCCGCUAUUCACAGUGGCGAUCGAAAAGUCAUCAAGCGCAUAUUGAUUACUGGGGUUGAUGGUCGGCCGCUACUGCAGAUUGCUCUUAGAGACAACGACCAAACUACCGCCAGGGCUCUGUUAGACGCUGGUGUAGAUGGCCAACCUCUUUUACAGGCCGCUAUUGAAGAGCGUGACCAACGUACCAUGAAACUUUUGUUAGCUGCCGGUGUGGAUGGCCAACCCGCACUACAGACUGCUGCUAAAAGAGGCCAUCAGAAUACCAUCAAAUCUUUAUUAAUCGCUGGUGCAGAUGGCCAGACUGCACUACUGAACGCUGCCAACAACGACUAUCCAGACACAAUCAAGGCCCUCUUAGCCGCCGGAGUAGAUGGCCAGGUUGCUCUACAAGCUGCCGCGCGUAGUGGUCAACAAAGUGUUGUCACACACCUAUUAGCUGCUGGUAUAGAUGGUCAAGUUGCAGUAUAUGCUAUUGCUAGAAGUGGAGACGUCUCUGCCGUUACGUCUUUGUUAGAUGCCGGUGUAGAUGGGCAAUCUUUACUGCAGGUUGUCAUUGAAAGCCACGAUCAAGAUCUCGUAAAGUUUCUGCUGGAUGCUGGUGUAGAUGGUCAGCCUCUACUGAAGGCUGCUAUUGAAAAGAACGACCUAACUACCUUCAGGACCCUGUUAGAUGCUGGCUUAGAUGUUCGGCCUUUACUGCAGGCUGCUAUCAAAAGUCGCGAUGAGAGUAUCACCUGGGUCCUGUUACAUCCCGAUGUCGAUGGUCAACCUCUAUUGCAGGCUGCUAUCAAAAGCCACGAUCAAGAUCUCAUCAAGUUUCUGUUACAUGCCGGUGUAGAUGGUCAGCCUCUAUUGCAGGCUGCUAUUGAAAACCGCGACCAACAUAUAUUAAGGCUUCUGUUAGCUGCUGAUAUUGAUCAACGGCCAGCACUACUUGCAGCUUCUGAAAGUGGCAAUCAAGAUCUCAUGAAGCUGCUGUUAGCUGCUGGUUUAGAUCGGAAACUGGCACUACAGACUGCGUCUCACCGGGGUCAUAUUAAUAUUGUUGAGAGUCUCUUGGCUUAUGACUCUGAAGCAAUUAUGAGCUCUGCAUGGGAUGUCGAAUCCGCUUUAUACUCCGCUUCUCAAUGGGGUCAUCUUGAUAUUGUUGACAGACUCCUGGAUGCCGGAGCCUCUGUACAUCCUCAAUAUGAACGGUAUGGUCGAUCAGCCUUAGAGGGAGCUUCUGAAGGAGGCCACCUUAAUGUCGUUGAGAGGCUUUUAGCUGCCGGGGCUAAAGUAAAUACACACAGUGUAUCUACAAUUGCAACUGCCUUACAAUCCGCUUGUAAAGGUGGUCAUCUUGAUGUUGUUAAGAGGCUGCUGGCUGCUGGAGCUGAUGUAUAUGAGAACGGCAAAUGGGGUGAUGCUUUACGAGCUGCUUCUCAAGGCGGUCAUCUCAGUGUUGUUGAGAUGCUUCUUGCCGCUGGAUUCGAGAUAAACACGCCCAAUAAUAGAUGGAGGGGCCAGAUGGCCUUGCAAGCAGCCUCUCGAGGGGGUCAUCUCAAAGUUGUCGAAAGACUCUUAGCUGCUGGGGCCGAUGUGAAUGCGGCUGCUGGAUCAAAAGACGAAACUGCUUUGCAACUUGCUGCUAAAGGUGGACAUGUGAGAAUUGUUUCCCGAUUGAAGGAAGCUGGCGCGAAAAGGUAA